UUGCACCGCAUUGUGUUACGUGACCUCAGCCGGGUGCGUUUUGUAUGAAAACCCCCUCCGGUCGAGUCAAUUUACCGGCGCGUGCCCUAAGAUGACCAGUCGGCCCAGAUGUCUUCACCCGCGGGACGAGUGUUCGCCGGUCUGAUGCGCGCUUCUCUCGGUCGAGCGGUUUUGGUUCAUAGGACCGCUCCGAUAUCCCGAGUGAACUGCGAGCGUCUCCUAUCGCUGAGCUCCCAGACGCCGGCCGAGUCCAAAGAUGGAGAUAAGGAGGCAAACAAUGAACCCAUCAAGUUCUCCACCAGUAAGGCCAGUCACCGGAUCUGGAAAGUCGAGCGCUCUAUGGGGAGCCAGUACGAGCGGCCCUGGUGGAAAGUUCUCCCCAUCAGCCUGGUUCUCACCGGCUUCCUGCUGUGGUGUGCACUGAGAACCCAGACGGACAUUGAUGCAGAGCUGGAGAAGCACCUUUUUGAGCGUCUACCUGGCUUACUUUCUGAUGAGGACAAACCUCAAGAUAAAUAAAAUUUAGUAAACAGA